AUGGGUUGGUUUACGAAUCAGUCCACUUCCGCAUUGGUGUCUGUCCAGAGAGCGUUCGGGAGACACCACGAACGGAGCAGUGAUGGACUGGAUCCCGAAACAGCCGCCGAUUCGCACGGCGGUCGCGAAGUCGCUGCUUUGCCACCUGCUCGAAGCGUGGUUCACACUGCUGAGUCCCUGGGACAAGCCAGUCGCGGAUCGCUGAUGGAAAUCUCCUCCGAUUUGAGUGACAGUUCUCCAUCGAGGGAUUUACCCGAUAUUCCUGAGGAUGGCAGCAGACGUUCGCCAGUCUCCGAGGCUGCAGCGGAAGGCACUCUGGCGGAAGUGGAGGAGAAGCAGCGUCUCCUGGCCGGCUGGCGUCGCGUGCCGCAUAACAAGUCGCUCGACGACCUACACUCGUCCGUCUACGUGCCGCCUCCCGAAUCGGCCUGGUACUACAAGCUCUUCGCGUUUACCGGCCUGGGAUUCGUCGUCAGCGUGGGCUACAUGGAUCCCGGAAACUGGGCCACGGACAUUGCGGGAGGGUCGGCGUUCGGAUACACGCUGCUAUUCGUCGUGCUCAUGUCUUCCAUCUGCGCUAUGUUCCUCCAGAGCCUGUCUUUAAAGCUCGGCGUCGUCGGCGAAAGGGACCUCGCGCAGGCAUGUCGCGACGCGUACCCGCGCUACGCCAAUCUUACUCUCUGGAUUCUCGCCGAAAUCGCCAUCGCCGCUACCGACCUCGCGGAAAUUUUCACCAACCCUGACGUGCUAUACGCAGCCGUGGGUAUCCUGGGAGCAACGGUCAUGCCGCACAACCUCUACCUCCACUCCAGCAUCAUCCAAACGCGCAAUUACAGCCGCACGACCGAGGGCAAGCGCAUGGCGGUCCGUUACGGCACGUGGGACUCGUGCCUGUCUCUCUUCGUCGCGUUCUUUGUCAACGCGGCGAUUUUGAUCCUCGCGGCCGCGGCUUUCUACUACAACGCGUCGGGCCAGCAGACCGUGGCGGAUAUCAGCGACGCGUAUCAUCUCCUCGCGCCCGCCAUCGGCGACACUGCCGCGCGAAUCCUCUUCGGCGUCGCGCUGCUUGCCAGCGGGCAGAACUCUACCAUCACGGGAACCCUCGCGGGUCAGAUUGUGAUGGAGGGGUUUGUGGACGUGAAGCUUCCGCCAUGGCUUCGUCGGAUGGUGACUCGCUGCAUCGCGAUUGUUCCUGCUGUCAUCGUUGCUGCUAUCAGUGGCAUGGAAGGCGCUGGGAAGCUUCUGGUGCUGAGCCAGGUGAUUCUGUCGCUGCAGCUGCCGUUUGCGAUUGCGCCGCUGGUGCAUUUCACGUCGUCCCCAGCUCGCAUGGGCAAGUUCGUGAAUGGGUGGGUGAGCAUGAUUCUGGCGAUUCUCCUGACGCUGGUCAUUAUAGGGCUCAAUGGGUUCCUUGUGGUGCAGUGGGCCAUGGGUGGUUAG